GCGCAGUGGGGUCGACCUUGAGCCCGCUUGUGUCUUUCCGCCGUGUGAUAUGGGGUCUGUCGCUACAAACGCACCCUCACUGUGUUACUCUGUGCAGAGUGUGUAUCGCGUGCAGACCGUCACAGCACGCAAACUGCAAUUACUGCUGGCCAGUGGAUGGCUCCAGCCUGCAAAUGGCGCGCGGCAGAGUGGCGCUCGCUCCCGGCUGCAGCCUGAGUGCAUGGAUGCGCCUGAGCAAGGGUGACCUCACCGGUGGAGUCGGGCGGUGCGACGAGGACGAUGAGGAGGCUUGGCCGACGUGGUCACUCGCUGACGUGGCAUCACACAACUCGCCCGAGGACUCGUGGGUGGCGGUGCGUGGGAAGGUGGCUUGUACGCUGCAUGGACAACCACACGCACACACUCACACUCACACUCACACGCACGCCCGGGACGUCCUGACACGCUUCUCGACGCAGCUGGACGCCACGGCACUCUUCCAAAAGCACCACGCUUGGGUGAACGUGGAGAUGCUCUUCGCGUGCUGCGUGGGCACGCUGGCGAAACCCGUGGUGACGAACGGGCAGGGGCGGAGGGUCAAGUGGGACGAGCAAGGGAUCCAAGCGCACGAUGCACAGCGGGGCGUCAUGUUCGGCACCAUGAAGAUUGAGCAGCUUGACACGCCCUUCCUCUAUUUGGACGAGGACGGCGGCGGCGAGUGUGUGGCAAUCCAUCCGGCGUACCUGCCGUCGCACCUGCCGGGGGCAAAGCAGACGGAGGCGCUGAGGCCGCACAAGAUGGAGGUGGACGAGCUGCAGCACGCGCUGGGCCUUGAUU